AUGGAGAAACUUCAUGCGUCCGAUAUUAGCUGGGAUAUGCUUUUUAAUGGAUACCAUGAAUCUAAUGACGAAUUUCCAGAGUCUCCUCUGUCUCAAACGAAGGUAAUAUGUAACCAUAUUAAUGAUAAGUCUGAAUCAAUUCUUGAUAAAACACAUCGUAAAGCUAAUAGAGGGAUAAAUAAGUUUCUUUGUCAACAUUCUGGUUGUUUGAAAAAUUUUCGGGAUAAUCAUCAAUUAAAAAUUCACGAAAGAAAACACACUGGUGAAAAACCACGUGUUUAUCCCGGAUGCGGCAAAGGAUUUUCUCAGAAAACAACUUGGUCGUUCAUCAGAGAAGUCACGAAGUUCAGAAGAAAAGGUUCCAUGAGAAGACCGAAAAACAUAAACGAGCAAGCAGAUUAUGAGGAUGCAUCAGUAUAUUCAG